CUGUACCCCAUUUUCCAGCUGUCCCUCUGUCGGUGGAGUUUUAGUGUCACAGGAAAACCUCAGCAGGGGUUUAAAACACUCUGGGGACAUUUGGAAGAAGAUACUGACCUGUGCGACUCCUUACACAAACUCACCGGCUCAGUGCUUGUAAAAGAAAGCUGAAAUAUGAAGUUUCCCGUGGCGGCCCAGGCCUGAGUGAGUGAAUCAUGGCGCAGUUUCCCUCCACGUUCACAGGUCCAGAUGUUUAUCUGAUCUCCGUGGACGAGAGAGCCAAACAUGAUCAGCAGUUUCACAGCCUCUCUCCCAACGCCGGAGGUUACAUCACAGGAGAUCAGGCCAGGAACUUUUUCCUCCAGUCAGGACUCCCUCCUCCUGUUCUGGCCCAAAUCUGGGCUCUCGCCGACAUGAACAGUGACGGCCGCAUGGACAUUCACGAGUUUUCCAUCGCCAUGAAACUCAUCAAGCUAAAACUCCAAGGUCACCCCCUCCCCCCUGCACUGCCCCCGAGUAUGAAACAGCCCCCCCUGCCCCUGCCGCCACCGCCGGCCUUUGGUCUGCCCCCCAUCGCUCCGAUCCCCGCUCCUUUACCUGUGGUCCCUCCUCUCCCACUGCCCCCUCUCCCCGUCGGAGUGUCGCCCCCGCUCGUCUCGACCGCUCCACCUCCGUUAACCCAGCCUAUCGCCAACGGUGCCCCGCCCACAGCAAUCAUGCAGCCAAUCACAGGCUUCUCCCACACAGCUCCAUCUGUCAACAAAUCCUCUUCCUUCAAUCGAUCCAGUUCCAAAUUGCAGAAGGGGCCGUCGUUCGACACCACCAGUCAGGUCCAUUCUGUUCCGUCAGACUGGGCCGUGCCUCAGUCGUCGAGGCUCAAGUAUCGACAGCUCUUUAAUUCACACGACAAGAUGAUGAGCGGCCAUCUCACAGGACCUCAGGCUCGCACCAUCCUCAUGCAGUCCAGUCUUCCUCAGAGUCAGCUCGCCACGAUAUGGAGUUUGUCAGAUAUCGACCAGGACGGGAAGCUGACCGCAGAGGAGUUCAUUUUGGCUAUGCACCUCAUCGAUAUGGCCAUGUCUGGAGUCCCGCUGCCUCCAGUGCUGCCUCCGGAAUACCUCCCCCCAACAUUUAGGCGUGUGCGCAGUGACAGUGUGCAAUCUGACCAGAAGACCGUCCCGGAAGAAGAUGAAGAGGAAGCGGACAGUAAUCAGGACAAGAAGCUGCCUGUGACAUUUGAAGACAAGAAAAGAGAGAACUUUGAACGAGGGAAUCUGGAGCUGGAGAAGCGACGUCAGGCUCUUCAGGAACAGCAGAGGAAAGAGCAGGAACGACUGGCUGCUCUGGAGAGAGAGGAGCAGGAGAGAAAGGAACGUGAACGCCUGGAGCAGGAGCGGAGGAGGCAGCAGGAACUGGAGAAGCAGCUGGAAAAACAGAGGGAGCUGGAGAGGCAGAGAGAAGAGGAGCGGCGCAAAGAGAUCGAGAGGAGAGAGGCGGCCAAAAGGGAGCUGGAGCGUCAGCGUCAGUUGGAGUGGGAGCGGCAGCGGCGGCAGGAGCUUUUAACUCAAAGAAAUCGAGAGCAAGAGAGUAUAGUUCUGCUCAAAGCCAGGAAGAAGACUCUGGAGUUUGAACUGGAAGCGCUGAAUGACAAAAAAACGCAGCUUGAAGGAAAACUGAAGGACGUCCGUUUUCGCCUGUCGGCUCAGAGGAGGGAGGUGGAGCAGACCAACCAGUCCAGAGAGACGCGCAUCGCAGAGAUUACCUCACUACAACAACAGCUUCAGGACUCACAGCAGUGGCUCGGGAGGCUCAUACCCGACAAACAGAGUCUGAACGAGCAGCUGAAGCAAGUCCAGCAGAACAGCCUUCAGCGGGACAGUCUUUCAUCACUGCAGAAAGCUUUGGAACAGAAGGAAAUGAGCCGGCAGCAGCUCCGAGAGCAGCUGGACGCAGUGGAGAGAGAAACCAGGGCCAAACUUCUGGAGAUAGAUGCGUUUAACACUCAGCUCAAGGAGCUGAGGGAAAUCCACAGCCGUCAACAAAAGAUGAAGCAGAAGGAAGUGGAGGGAGACUCCCAGCUCCUCACACACAAUUUCUCUCAUAUUCCUUCAGAGAGGAGUUCUUCAGAGGCGCCGGAUGCCAGGUUGUCGUCAGAUGAAAGUUGGAGAGAGGACCUCGCGGCAAAGGCUCCCAGCCCCGUCGCCAGCUCGGGACCUCACGGCUGGUUAAACAGAAUUACUCAGGAAGACGAGGAGCGCAAAAGAAGAGUAAUGGAGGAGGAAGAGGAGGGAAGGAAAGGAGCCAAGGAGGAGAAGGAGGACGAGGCCCGAGGAAACAAAGACAUGCAGGACAAACUCAACAAACUCUUCAGCCAACCCGCUGACCCCUGGGCCUCCACAGCAGAUAAGACGUCCGCUCCGAGCCUGUUUGACCAGAAGCCUUCAGUGAGCGGCUUCGAGCAGCAGACGGUGAAGGUGGUUUACUACAGAGCGCUGUAUCCGUUUGAGGCUCGCAGUCACGACGAAAUCAGCAUCACACCCGGAGACGUCAUCAUGGUGGAUGAGUCUCAGACGGGGGAGCCUGGUUGGCUGGGGGGGGAGCUCCGAGGACGCACCGGUUGGUUUCCAGCCAAUUACGCCGAGCGAAUCCCCGACAGCGAGGCUCCCGUGAGUCUGCGGAGCGUUACGUCCUCCACGCCGACGUCUGCGCAGCCCGACACCACUCCUCCCCCGGCCCCCGGACAGGCCUCUUCUGCCUCCGCCUCAAACAGCAACUGGGCCGACUUUAGUACAACAUGGCCGUCAAACGCAGGCAGCCAGCCCGACAGCGAGGGGUGGGACGCCUGGCCCUCGUCCUCCACCCCACAAAACCCUUCGCUCAGCGUGCCCUCAGCUCAGCUACGCCAGCGCUCCGCCUUCACACCAGCCACCAUGACCACAGGCUCCUCCCCUUCUCCUGUACUUGGACAGGGAGAGAAAGUGGAGGGUCUUCAAGCUCAAGCUUUGUAUCCGUGGCGAGCCAAGAAAGACAACCACCUGAACUUCAACAAAAAUGAGAUCAUCACAGUCCUGGAGCAGCAGGACAUGUGGUGGUUGGGAGAGUUACAGUCGGGUCAAAGAGGCUGGUUCCCCAAAAGUUACGUCAAACUCAUCUCCGCCAGUGUGCCGCCUCCAGCUGGGGUCGCAUCACGCAACAAGAACUCAAAUGACCCUGGACCCACGGACAGCCCCCCUAACGGAAAAAGACCCUCCCCGUCCCCGACCAAACCGGAGGCAGGAGAAGAGUAUAUUGCCAUGUACACGUAUGAGAGCAGUGAACAGGGGGAUCUGAGCUUCCAGCAGGGCGACAUCGUCACAGUGACACGGAAAGAGGGCGACUGGUGGACCGGCGUCGUCGGAGGAAAGACCGGAGUUUUUCCGUCCAACUACGUGAAACCCAGAGACUCUUCAUCUGAGUCUCUGUCGCUGUCUGGGAAAACGGGCAGCCUCGGAAAGAAACCAGAGAUCGCUCAGGUCAUCGCUCCAUAUACGGCCACAGGAGCAGAACAGUUGACGUUGGCUCCAGGACAGCUCAUCCUCAUCAGGAAAAAGAACCCAGGAGGCUGGUGGGAGGGCGAGUUACAGGCCAGGGGUAAAAAGCGUCAGAUUGGUUGGUUUCCAGCCAAUUACGUAAAGCUUCUUAGUCCCAGCACCAGCAAGACCACGCCCACAGAGCCGACUCCGCCCAAAGUGAUGACCUCCAGCACAGCUUUGUGUCAGGUGAUCGGCAUGUACGACUACGUGGCUCAGAACGACGACGAGCUGGCCUUUCAGAAGGGUCAGGUGAUCACCGUCAUCAACAAGGACGACUGCGAUUGGUGGAAAGGAGAGCUGAACGGCAGAGAGGGGCUGUUUCCCAGCAACUACGUAAAGCUCACCACGGACACGGACCCCAGCACCCAGUGAUCAUAUCAUUACCCAGAACCCCCUUCUCCUCAAAGCCCUCAAAGAGACCCACUAGGCCACGCCCACUAGGCCACUACUCAACCAAUGGAGACAAGCAGCGAGGGGAAAAGGCGACUCUCCGUCAGUAGAAGCCAGAGACAGACAGUAACCGUACGCUCUGAGUGGACGCGUGUUCGACAGGACGCACAACUCCGCCCUCGUAGAAGAACAAACGCCAUAAAAACAAAAACACUGACUGACCAGAACCCUGUAAAAGAGUCUCUGCAGCUGAACGCCAACUCGAUUCUUACAAAAACGCAACACAAAACGAGUGCGGACAGAGAGUAGACCAUAUCCGGUGGUUGUAAUUGUAACAUAUUUAAUAAAAAAAACACAAAAAAAAUCAUGAUAAUAAUAAAAAUAACUAGGCUGACACAAUGUUUGGGGCUGUUCUGUGAAGGAAGCGAUGAGGAAACACGAGCUCUGUCAGCGUUCAGCGUGGGACAGUGGAUAGUGGGUCGUUUUGUGGCUUUUUGGGAGACCUGUCCUCAGUAGCUCCUCCCCCUCUUCACCUUUUUACCUGGCACCUUCAACAGUCCCGCCCACCGCCCGGAUCAGGAAGUACAUUUCUCAUUCAUUUUUCCCUUAGACUUUCCAAAAAAAAAGAUGACACCAUGACACGUUUAUUUAUAAUCUGUUUCUGACUCUUUAUAAACCGCCAAGUUAAUAAAGCAAUUUGACAUUUUUUGUGUUUUAAAUGUGCUUUUUGGACUUUAAAACAGCUGCAUUAUUGAUAUCAGUUAGCACGUAGUAGGUUAGCACGUAGCAGGUUAGCACGUAGCUGGUUAGCACGUAGCUGGUUAGCACGUAGCUGGUUAGCAUGUAGCUGGUUAGCCUCCGUGUUACAUUUAAAUUGUUAAUAUUAAAAUUUUUGGAAAAGUUUGUGGGAAAAAUGAAAAAAAAAAAUGUUCUUCCGGACCCGGAGCGUGCGGUCACUGUUGGUUCGUUUCAUUCAGUUUUGUUUUUUUUCAGGGCUCCACCCCCUCCCACAAUAACCCCUCCCACAACCUCACAGAGAGACCCACUAUCUGCUCCACCCCCAUCUGCCCCACCCAUCUCAGCCUCCAAGAACUGUCCCCUCUUCCUCCAUCAGCUCUGGUCCUCUCAUUUUCUCUCUGUCCCCUCCGUUCAUACUUUCUCUUCCUCUUUCUCUCUGUCUCUCACCCUCUGUUCUGUCGUUUCCUCUUCUCUUCUGUUUGUGGAGACGUGCAGACAGACGCCUCGUCACACGGAGCCUCAUCCAGAAACACGUUUAACUUUGAAAGAUUUGAAUCACAUUUAAACCUGAUCUUCACACGUGUGACUCAGGCCCUGUCCUCCUCUGUCCUCCUCUGUCCUCCUCUGUCCUCCUCUGUCCUCCUCUGUCCUGCUCUGUGCUCCUCUGUCCUCUUCUGUCCUCCUCUGUCCUGCUCUGUCCUGCUCUGUGCUCCUCUGUCCUCUUCUGUCCUCUUCUGUCCUGCUCUGUCCUCCUCUGUCCUCCUCUGUCCUCCUCUGUCCUCCUCUGUCCUGCUCUGUGCUCCUCUGUCCUCCUCUGUCCUCCUCUGUCCUGCUCUGUCCUGCUCUGUCCUCCUCUGUCCUGCUCCUCUGGGACGAGGUCAAACACUGGACCUUAAACACACAUGGCCUUGUCCUCCACCACAGGGACAGCCCAUGUUCACGUGUUUGACGCCUCAGUGCUGCCCCCUCAUGGUGCUGCCCCUAAAGUGCCAGCUUCAAACAGCCUAAACCCUCGUCCUGUUGAGAGGGAGCGUCCUGGGACAGAGACCUGUCCCACAGUGGACACGCUGCUUCUGUUUCUUUAGUUUUGAGGAAUGUUUGUGAAAGUAACUGGGCCAAAGCAGAGACGAUGCUUUGUGUCGGUUCUGUCCAGACACUUUGAGGUGGAAAACGUCUUUAAAUAUGUAAAACGUCAGUGGUCGUCUUUUACCUGCAUGUGUUUCAGUCUGUUGCUAUGUUGAAAGGCCAACCUUUUACAGACCAACUUUUAGUUUUUAUCAUUCCAAAAAAUGCACUGUGUGACCCGUCUGACCCGUGAUCAGCUGUGACCUGCUCCAAAGUCACUGUGUCUAUAAAGUCAUAGCUUUGUAUAAAUAUAUGUAUAUAAUCUACUAUAUAUAUGAGUGACUAUUAGCAAAAGCACAGACUGGUCCAAGUAUUCAGACUAACCCUGGCCUCUCCUUUACAUCAACAAACGCCAAACGCCGUCAGAGCCUCGACUUUCUGCGUUCACAACAACAUAGCAACGACUGUUCUGCCAUUAUGUGUUUGUCCAACAGCAGUAUUGUUUUGUUUGUUUACACAUUUGCUCACAGAAAACGAUGAACGCAUUACAGCGAUGAGUCAGUGAUUCUUUUCUAUUGAUUUUGUUGGUUUAUAAAACGAGAGAAGCUUUGUUAUUGGUGAGAAUCAAGACAAGUGUUUUAUGAGAAAGAUGCUAAAGUACAAAUGUUUGUGUGCGUCACAUUUCAGAGUUGUGUCACAUUCUGCUCCUGCUGUGUCAGAGCGAGGCCUCACCACACACGACUGAAGUGUUAUGGUUUUAUAAUGAUCACAUGAUCCAUCACAUCAUGGCCGUUAAAAUGUGACUGGCCCCUCAGCGGGAGCAGAAUGUCCACACCAUAGACUGUUUAUGUAAGUGGACAGAGCUAACCUGCUGUUCGUCGUGUUCCAGACAGGACAUUUUGGUCUUAAAUGUUCGUAUUAACCCUCUACAUGAUCCUGGGGUUUUUAUUUCACUAUUGUGUCUGUAAAUCAAGAUAUGAACAUUAAUAACAGACAAAUCAGGUCCUUCUUUCCCCGAGGUCGCUCCUGUUAGCGUUAGCAACAGGUUUGAUUGACAGCGUUGGUCUCUGUUAAACCAGCGCUGCAGGGGUCAAGGGUCAGGGGUCAGGGAUAAUUCGGCUCCAAAUUCACCGCCGUAACUGCCAACCUGGAUGAGCUUCAUUCAGAGUUUCCUUCGCUGUGGUCGCUCAGUCCACUUUUACACAGUCUAUGGUUCACACACGCACACACACCCCCGCACACACACACACACACACACACACCCCCACACACACACACACACACACACACACAGCCUUUUACCACAUGUUGUAUUGUGUCACUUUAAAAUCAUGUGUCUUAUUUUGUGUAACAGCUCAGUACAGGCUUUACUGAUUUAAACACACAAUCUGUUUGAUGCAUUAAUGAACCGGCCCACAGACGGCCCACAGACGGCCCACAGACGGCCCACAGACGGCCCACAGACGGCCCACAGACGGCCCACAGACGGCCCACAGACGGCCCACAGACGGCCCACAGACGGCCCACAGACGGCCCACAGACGGCCCACAGACGGCCCAGGAGAGCUCCAUAUACUUGAAUGAAUACAUGUGUCAGUGAAUGCCUGAAUGUGUGAAGGUUUUAUUGGGUUCAAUUGUAAUAAA